AAGUAUACUGAGCGUCAUUUUUCUUGAAUUGUAAUUUUUUUUACAUAAAACUUAGACUCCACUGUGUAUAUCAGUACUUUUGUAAUAUUUCCUGUACAUUCAACACUACCGUGAUAAUUUCACAUUUACGUAUACCCCUUUGAGAAUACAAACAUCAGCGGUAUCUCCCACCCCGACUGAGCUCGCUAGCAAGCUCGCGCCAUUAACGCUAAUCAACAUUAACGUCCAAAUGUAAGUGUAUAAAAAUGCCACUCACACAUAACGUUAUCUUCAGUAUGCCGUUGCUAUAAUCUCUGUGCAGCUCUGUCGCCUUUUCAUUACAUUCUAUGCACCUUAAGACCACUCGCCCCAUUCUUUCCAGCCAGCACUCUACACCGGAAGUAUUGUGUGGUGUUGUGACGUUCACGAACGAACCGUUUCUUUUGAACGGCUCCGUUUCUUUUGACGACUUCCAUUGAAAAGUAUAAAGAUGACAUCGUCUCGACGACAAGGAAAUAAAGUCACAAAGACUUUUAAUAUCCAGCGUCAAAUUAACUGCGCUUCUUCUGACUCCUUUUCGGACGUUGUGCAAACGUGACCACGUGAUCUUCCGUCAUACAACCCGCUAAGCAAUAGGCAUGUGUGAACCAAACAUACGCAAACCAGACUUUUAAAUCACCACAAAGGAAACGUUGCGAUGGGCAUCACGUGAUUCUUGAAAGGGCGGUGUGACAGCCGCAAGGAAUGCUGGGAGAGGGGGCGUGCUGCGGUGCCGCUCAUGACAUGUAGCCCAACAUGGCCCCUGCCAGCCGGGCCGUUGUUGUGAUUGCUCUCUCGCUGCUCUGCUGCCCUCGGCGGCCGGUCCUCGCCACCGAGUUGUUCUCCACGCUGACGCUGUUCAACAGCGAGCUCCACAAGCAGGGAUGCAGCUCGCUGUCCGACUGGGAGGAGUACGCGGCGGACUGCGAGUCGUCUGUUUUGCAGUUGGAAGACCCAGACUGCGAGGAGGGAAGCAACCCGCCCUGCCAGUCGGUUUUCUCGCUGAACGCGGAGAAGAUUCUUAAUCAAGCCAGGCUGUUCAUCGAGCAGAAGAAGAUCCCCUUCCCUGUGGAAAGUGCCAACACGAACGAAGAACUCGCCAUCGGCUACGUCCUGAUCGGCAACGGCCUGUACGACGAAGCAAUAAAACACUUCUCGCUGCUGCUGCAGGGCGACCCAGAGCUGGUCAGCGCCAUCUACGGCCGAGGCAUCGCCUACGGGAAGAAAAGCCUCCAGGACAUCAAAAAUGCUGACCUGGCGUUGUACGAGCUCAACAGAGUCAUCACGCUGGAGCCCAACUGGCCUGAAGUCUACGAGCAGAGAGCAGAGAUCCUGUCUCCUCUGGGCCGCAUCAGCGAGGCUCUGGCCGACCUGACCAAAGCCAUCCAGCUGCAUCCGUCCGCUCGUCUCUACAGACACAGAGGAACGCUGCUCUUCAUCUCUGAGGACUACGUGGCGGCCUCGGAGGAUUUCCAGCAAUCCUUGGAGCUGAAGAAGAAUCAGCCCAUCGCCAUGCUCUACAAAGGCCUCACCUUCUUCCACAGAGGCAUGCUCAAGGAGGCCAUCGAGACGUUCAAAGAGGCGCUGAGGCUCAAGUCUGACUUCAUAGACGCUUACAAGAGCCUGGGGCAGGCCUACAGAGAGCUGGGCGACUUUGAGGCGGCCAUGGAGAGCUUCCAGAAGGCCCUCUUGCUGAACCAGAACCACAUCCAGUCCCUGCAGCUGCGUGGCAUGAUGCUCUACCACCACGGCUCCCUGCAGGAGGCCAUCGGCAACUUCAAGAGGUGUCUCCAGCUGGAGCCCUACAACGAGGUGUGCCAGUACAUGAAGGGCCUGAGCCACGUGGCCAUGGGCCAGUUCUACGAGGGCAUCAAAGCUCAGACUAAAGUCAUGCUCAACGACCCCCUGCUGGGACAGAAGGCCAGCUCAGAAUACCUCAAAGUCAAAUACCUCAGAGAGUACUCUCGCUACCUGCAUUCCCACCUGGACGUCCCGGUCGCCGAGUACAACGUGGACCAGGACCUUCCCGGGAACUUCAAAAAUCACUGGGCCAAGAACCUGCCCUUCCUCAUAGAAGACUAUGAGGAGCAGCCUGGCCUGCAGCCGCACAUCAAGGAUGUGCUGCUGCAGAACUUUGAGAGCUACAGCGCGGAGGUCCAGAAGCUGAUCUGCACGGCGGACCACCUGGGGGCGCUGAUGCAGUACGACACCCCGGGCUUCUUGCCCAACCGGAGGAUACACAGAGCCAUGGGUCUGGCCACGCUGGAGGUGAUGCAGGCCAUGCAGCGCACGUGGAGCAACGCCAAAGUGCGCGUCAACGGCAGGACCAGGCAGAUGCAGUGGAGGGACAUGUUUGACGUGGCUGUCAAGUGGAGGAGGAUUGCUGAUCCCGACCAGCCGGUUCUGUGGUUGGACCAGAUGCCUGCCAGGAGUCUCAGUCGCGGAUUCAACAAUCACAUCAACCUCAUCAGGGGGCAGAUCAUCAACAUCAGAUACCUGGCCUACUUUGACAAAAUCCUGGACUUCAUCAAAGACCGAAUCCUGGUCUACCACGGGGCAUACAACCCCAGAGGACUGGGAGAGGUCCGCCAAGCCCUGGAGAAUGUGAAUAAAGUGGAGGACCUCCUUCCUAUCAUGAAGCAGUUUAACAGUAAAACCAGAGAUGGCUUCACGGUCAACUCCAAAGUGCCCAGCAUGAAGGAUUCUGGGAAAGAAUACGAUGGCGUCACCAUCACCAUCACAGGAGACAGGGUGGGCAACAUGCUCUUCUCGGUGGAGACGCAGACCACAGAGGAGCGCACGCAGCAGUACCAGGCGGAGAUGGAGUCCAUCUACAGAGAGCUGACAGCCAAAGGGAAGGCCUUGAUGCUCUCCACCGAGCUCGGGGACGCAGACGCCGUGUGCAACCUGAUCCUCUCUUUGGUUUAUUACUUCUGCAACCUCAUGCCGCUCUCCAGAGGCUCCAGCGUGGUGGCCUACUCUGUCGUGAUGGGCUCGCUGAUGGCCAGCGGGAAGGAGGUCAGCGGUCGGAUCCCCAAAGGAAAGCUGGUGGACUUUGAGGCCAUGACCACGCCCAGUCCAGACGGCUUCAGUAGAACCGCAAAGACCUGGAUGAACCUCAGGAGUCUACCCCCUUGGUACCAGAAUCUUCCCUCUGUGGCUGAGACCUUCCCGUCCAGCAGAACCAUGAUCGAAGUCCUCAACACGGACUCAUCUUCGCAUUGUUCCAAGAUGUCUUAGCACAAGAGGGGACGUCUUCAUGGGUGGUCUUCUGGAGCAAAGCCACGUUUCACAAUUCAUUGAAAAAACUAAAGUUCAACAGAGGAAACUCUGAAGUCCAACACAGUCCGCUGGUCUGCCCGUCCUUGGGAGGAAAUGAUCCACGAUCAAUGAUCAUCUCAAGUCAAGCUGUAAUGAAAGGUGGAGGUUGUCGGAGUGAAAUCUGAUCCGAAGUAUUGCUGUUUCUAAAAAUAACCUCUUUAACCUUGGGAAUCUUUUCCAAGUCUUCCGGCUGGUUCAGUAUUAGCUUCAACACAACUUGGUUUCUCCUGACGUUUGGGAUCACUGGCACAUCUCCAAAGCACAAAGUAAGAUGAGCACACAUCUUUCCAGCCAGGGGGUGAAGGUGUCGCAACAAGGAAGUGAUGUUUACAUGUCAUGACUCCAGCUGCCAUCAAGGUUGGUUGAAGCACAACGAGCGCUUCAUUUCACUUCAGCUUGUCGGCUUUUUCCGUCGCCUUUUGGAAUAUCUUUGCUGAAUGUUUCCUUGGCAGCCGCUGAGACCAAGUAUUUCUGAUGUAGUGCUUUCCAUGCAGCGCCUGCAAGUGUCAAAGAUCGUGCUCGUACCGCAGCCCUGAUGAAAACUUGAAGGGGUCGAUGUUCCCCUGCCAAUAAAGUGCUUGACCAUU